CCGCGGCUCCGGGAGGAGGGACAGGAGAGCCGGGCAGGCAGCGAGAGCGGGAGGAUGAAGGAGAAGCGGUGCCUGUGCGAGAUUUGUACCUGCGGAAAAUUAAGGAUGGAAUUAGGGAGAACUAGAGCAACUCUGGAAGAGAAUGUUUAGUCUUUGUUAGGAAGUCCAUCCACUGACGGAAACAGGAAAGAUUAAUCAAAUGGAACACUACAGAACAGUUGACAAGAAACUGUCCCAGGAAUAAGCAAGAAAGUCCCAGGAGCUCUUCAUUCAGCAGGCGCCAUCAUUGCCCUCAUAAAUCCACAAGGAUUUAUGAUACUGGAGGACAACCUUGCCUCAUGACGGAAUACGACGACAAAUAUCUCCAGUAUGGCAAUGUCCCUCCACCCCAGAGUCUUAAGCCAAAGGAGGAGUACCAAGCACAUCGUGGAAGAAUGGAAGGAAUCACUACAUUUAAGUCUGAUUAUCUUCCAUACGAUGUUGUAAAUCGACCUCUUCGGGUACAAGAAGAGUAUAAACCAAAACCAGGAGAGAUUGAUCUUGGAACUACAUACAGAAGAGAUUAUAAUCCUCAUAAAAUACAACCAGUGACAUUAGUAAGACCUUUAGAAAGAAAACACAUUAAGGGAGGAAAAAUAGACACCAUACCAACCUAUCAAGAUGACUAUAGAUCAUGGGAAGUUCAAAGAAGGGAGCCAAAUAAAUUGGAACACACCUAUCAUCCCCCUACAGAAAAGUUUGGGAAUUCUACUACAUUUCAAGAUGACUUUGUUCCUAGGGAGCUGAACCCCAGACAAAGCUUUAAGCCUCCAGGUGUGGCCAAACUUUCAGAUGUACCUUUUGAUGGUGUUACUAAUCAUCGCAGUUCUUACAUCGCUCAUCAACUGGAACCAAAAUGUGUAAGACCAAAGGAAGAAUACAAGCCAAGCAGCCAACCCUUUGAAGAUCUCACAACCCACCGGAAUGAUUUUAAAGGGCUACUUGGAGAGUUUACAAAAAGCUGCAAGCCUGAAUAUACUAAAGUUGGGUCUAAUGCUCACUUUGAUGGAUGCACUGAAUUCCGGGAUAGUUUUCAACCAUGGUCAGUCUCCUUGCCUGAGGCUCGCAAGAUAAGAGAUUAUGUUCCUCCUACAGGUAAUAUGGAUUUACACUCCACAAGCCAUCUUGAUUAUGUUCCGCACAUGAUCUGUCCUGUUGCCCCCAUAAGACCAGUUUCUUUUGGAAGAAGAAGUAAUGUCCCUUUCCAGGGGAACACCACAAUGAAGGAAGACUUUCAAGCUUGGGCCAGCUGUCGGCAAGAAAUUAUUAGAAGACAUCAGGAAAUUCCAAAGCCUACUGGAAAAUUUGAUGGAUUGACAACAUUCAAGUCUCACUAUAUACCACAUGAGAUAAUUCCAGCUCAGAGUUUCAAACCUCUACGUGUUGUAGUCCCUAGUUCAGCUCGUUUUGAAGAUGGAACCAUGUAUCGUACAGAGUAUACGCCAAAGAAACAAGAGAUCUGCCCAGCAAACUAUCCAUCUCCUCCAGGAUACGUCUUUGUAAACACAGAUUCUCGUGGUCACAAGUUCUUCCGCAGAGUUACUCCAGAAAUCAAUACAUUUUUCCAGUCAAAUGGUAAUCAUAUUCCAAAAGAAGUAGCUGUUACUUCAUAACUUUUAACUUUAGUAGUUUACAUAUUUUAAAAAAUAUUUAGAAUCCAUAGAUUAAUUUUUUCGGGGCUAAACCUCAAUGAUAGUUGGCAAGUACAAGUUAUUAUUGUAAUUUUAAAAUUGUUAAAUCACUUAAACUGAGUAUAGCUUUUAAAAAAAACCUGGGAAUGACUUUAUUACAAGAUUGAUGAAAAUUAGGCAGCCUUAAGAUGCAUCUGAACAUUUUGUGUGGAAUCUGUUUUCUCUAAUUGUGCAUCUUACAAUUACCAUGCUUUUCAGUUUUCACUGUCUUCCAGCCCAAGCACAUACUGUGUACAUUGAAAUGAGAUUAUGACUUACUGGAAAUCAUUUUGGAAUCAUUGAAUCUGUACAGUAGAAAUUAGAUGUCUUAAAUGUAACUUGAGCCCUAUUUAAUUCUCACUGCACAGCAAAUGAAACUAUAAUAAUCUAAAUGAAUAGACCCUGCCCACACUACUUUUGAAACGUUUUAACAUGGCUUCUGUGACUCGUAUGGAAAAGGAUUUUUUCCUCUGGAAAUCUUGAUAGCCAAACUUCAUUACAAACUAGCCUCCCACGUAGCCUAUAACAUAAUCAUAAAAUCACCUUCAGAAAACAAAUACCCUUUUUAUGCUGGUCCAGGAAACUAUGCUAGGACACUGCUAACAAUAGUCUUUAACUUUGCUAUUAUUAAUACAGUUUAAGCCUAUUAUGGCCAGAUCCUAACGGUGAGAUUCUAACUUCUGAUGCUUGGUGCAUAUUGACCAUGUAAUAAAGAAGAUAAUCUGCUAACUUUUGCAUACAAAUGCAAUAGCAAAUUUUUUUUCUGAGACAUAAAACAGAGUUGGUUUGACUUUGGUCCUUCGUUUCCCAGCUAAAGAAUGUUUCAAAUAAGUAGGUGGAAUGAAUGAUUUAUUAAGAUAAUGUGUGUGUUCAUAUAGGAGAUGUUAAGUGUUAUUUCAAAGUAUUCUUAUCUCAGUUUCAGUCAACGUGUGCAAGAUUUACAGUGAUCCCUUCUUACAAUACUUAUUUAACAAUAAUAUGUUGUCUUUUCACUUUCAGUAUGAGGAGCAUCAGUUACUUAUAAAUAUAUUAUCUUUUACUCAUUACUGUAGGAAAGCCAUUUUAGCUUUGAAGUGUCAUGUAUUUGUAUGUAUACCAACUCACCAAUAAAAGGACUGAAAUCAAGUACAGUAUGAAGUUGAAAGCAGGAACUGAAUCACGUAAGCUCCCCUCAGAAAGGCAGAGAGAGAGACCUGGACUGUUGGAAAUGCUUGUUUUGUUUAACUGUUACAUGAGGCUCCUGCUGUUAUUACAAGAGUGGUUGCUUUUAAAUGUUCUUAUUUUUCUUCGUGAUAUGUCAAUUUGCUUUACUCUAAUUGAAAAAUCAGGUCAAUUAAAUUUUGUUUUA